GGGACUAUAUAUAAAGGAAAGAGAAGUGAAAGCCCGAGUGAAUCUAAAUGGCAAGCUCAGAUAGAGAAGAGGCUGCAGAAAACGGUCAGCUCAAGGAUCGGAAAGUCUCAUGGGCGAAGUUACACCGUGUAGACUCACUCAACUUGGAAGCUGGAAAAGUUUCAGACUCUCCGGCAAGACACGCCUCUAAGGCUGAUUGGAAGACAAUAUUGAGUUUAGCAUUUCAGUCGGUAGGAGUUAUCUACGGAGAUAUAGGGACUUCCCCUCUUUACGUUUAUGCAAGUACUUUCACUGAUAAUAUUGGACACAAGGAUGACAUUCUCGGGGUCUUGUCCCUCAUCAUUUAUACCAUUAUCCUCGUACCUAUGACUAAGUAUGUCUUCAUUGUCUUGUGGGCCAAUGACAAUGGCGAUGGUAAGUUAUAACAUGUCCCUUGCUACUUUCUAUUAUU